ACGCGCGCCGCACGCACCUGUCGUCGGCUGUGCACAGUGCCCGACACCUCGAGGUCGGCCAAGACACGGUUCGUUCAGCGGACAGCUAAGGGCUCAGAUGGGGGCGGCGUUCCUCCCCGUUCACGGCGCCGGCAAGGUGGCAUCGGUUAGGGUUCACCCCGUCGUCGUCUUCAACGCGUGCGACUCGUACGUGCGCAGGCAGGAGACCCAGGAGCGGGUGAUCGGCACCCUGCUCGGCACCGUCAGGCACGACGGCGUCGUCGAGGUCAAGAACUCCUACGCCGUGCCCCACAACGAGCAGAACGGCCAGGUGUACGUCGACGUCGAGUUCCACCGCGCCAUGAUCGAUCUGCACCUUCGCGUCAACCCGGCCGAGAAGAUCGUCGGGUGGUACUCCACCGGCGACGGCGUCGUGCCCACCGACGCCCUCAUCCACGAGUUCUACGCGCACGAGUGCCAUAACCCCGUGCACGUCACCCUGGACGUCACCUUCGCCGACCGCGAUCGACUCGUGCGCGCGUGGGUCGGCCAGUCCCUCGCGCUGGGAUCCAAGGAUGCCUCCAAGGAGGCCGAGAAGCCCGACGCCGAGGGAGGCGAGGCUUCCGCCGCCGAGGGGAUCCUCAACGCCACCACCGCGAUCCACUUCCAGGAGGUGGCGCUGGUCAACACGUUCGACGCCGCGGAGCGCGUGGGCGUCGCGUCGCUCGCGGCGACAAAUGCCGACGUCGUGACCGAUGGGGACGAUCUCGGCGCCACCGCGGCGAAACUGAGGGGGAUGCUGGAGAAGGCGUCUGCGUACGUCGACGCCGUGGUGGCGGGUAAGACGAAAGGCGACGCCGAGAUCGGGCGGAGGCUCGCGGAUGCCCUCUCGUCCGUGCCCGGGCUCACCAAGUCGCAGUUUGAGAAGCUCUUUGGCGAGAGCGCGCAGGAUGCGCUGCUGGUGACGUACCUGAGCAACGUGACCAAGAUGCAGCUCAUGCUCGCGGAGAAGCUGCAGACGGCGUCGCUGCUCAUCUGAUUGCGACCAUGGGUGGGGCAACCAAUAUGGGUGGGGGUGUACUACGCUUAGAUUCCUUAGAAGACAGUCGGUUUGAAACGUACAGACCAGAGCUACACGUAUG